UUCAUCCUAAGACCUAAUAAAUUGCUUUUGAUUUUUGAAAUUUCAGUUUACAUUUUAUAUUUGGCUAUGAUUAUUUAUUAAUUAUUCGAGAACUCAAACGUUUUAAGUUUUGGAUGCUUUAAAAAAUCAGCAGGAGUUGUUUUUCAGUCGUGGCAGUGUAACGUUUAAUACUUACCUGAAAUUAAUUUUCGCGUUCCGAAAUUGGGAAAUUGUUUGUUUAUGUUUGGGUUUCCGCUCGCCGCUCGGGUUUUCGUCGGCCAGACACGGAGCUCCCGCGGCGUAGUAUAAUCGGAUUGAUCGGCGCGGGUAAUUGGUUCAAUGAGUGAGGAAGCGGAGUUGUUGGACACGAGCGGUGUGUCGGUUGAAUCGGGGGAUUCGCUCAUCUUCUCAUGCGAAUCCGCUGAAGGACUCGCGUGCAGCUGCACUCACACGCAGUCGUCUGACGCGGACACGCUCGCCUCCACCAGCUCGCAGUCCACGCUGACCGCCAAUGAGUCCGUCUUCUCGCAGGAUACCGAACGAAGUUUCGAGGAUGACAGUUUCUACGAGCGCGUGGACCCGCGGCGCUACCACAAACUGGAGAUCCUGGGCCGCGGCCAGUACGCCACGGUGUACCGGGCCUGCGACCUGCAGGAAGGCAGCAUCGUGGCCAUCAAGCAUCUGCGCCUGCUGAGCCAGGAGGAGCGAUACCACCUGGGCAUCAGCGAGGCCUGCCACCUCCGCGAGGCGGAGAUCCUCGCCCGCCUCGACCACCCCAACAUCGUGCGCCUGCUGUCGGCCUUCUGCGACGGACCCCAGAAGACGCUGGUCAUGGAGUAUGUCCACUUCACCCUCGAGGCCCUCAUCGUCGACCGCGGCAUUGCGGCCUUCUCCGUUGGACAAGUGAAAUAUUACCUGCAGGGCGUCGCGCAGGGCCUGGCCUAUCUCCACAGCGAGAACAUCAUCCAUCGCGACAUGAAGCCCAACAACGUGCUGGUCAGCGUGGACGGGGACGUGAAGAUCGGGGAUCUGGGGUCGAGUAAGCAGCUGAAUGGCAAGGCCGCCUUCACUAACCCCUUCGCUUGCCGCUACUACCGCGCCCCCGAGAUCCUGCUGGGCGUGCGGGAGUACGCGUUCCCUGUGGAUAUGUGGGCGCUGGGAUGCAUCGCGGCCGAAUUCUACAUCCGCAAACCGUUGUUUGUCGGUAACUGUGAUAUUGCCCAGCUGAACGCCAUCUGCCAGGUGAUCGGUGCACCGCUGCCCUCGGAGUAUCCCGUGGGGGGUGUGGUUAUCCAGUUUCCGGCGUGUGGAGCCCGGCCAUGGUCCAGUGUGUUGCCGCAAUCCCCGCUGGUGAUUUUGGAGCUCAUCCGGCGCUGUUUGCUGUUUAACGCCGCCAAACGGUUGUCCGCGAAGGAGUGCUUGCUGGUACUGGCGCAGAGCGAUAAAGAGACGCCGGCGUGUCACCCGACGGAACUGCCCGUUCCGGAGUGCUACAGGAAGAAGAACGGGUUCAUCCCCAAAGCGCCGGGCUCUAAUGAGCGGCCACGGAAACGUCUGUCGGUGGAAAACGGCCAGAAUUUCCUCGUGAACUCGGCGUCGAGUGUGGCGAGCAGUGGUGCGCCGUUGGAUUUGAGUCUGGACGAGAGCGACCAGGUGCCGCAGGAUCCGGACAGUCGGCCCCGCAGUCCCCCGAAUUUACUGCGGGAGGCGCUGGUGCAUUCCAAAGUCAAGCGGCGUCUUCUCUUCGCCUAACUGUGUUCCCUUCACGUGAUGCUUUUUUCUUUCCAUUUUUUAAGGUUUCAGAUGUACAUAAUUAAUUCCUAUCGGCGUUGUUUAUAUCGGUGGCAUUUGUUUUCGUGUGUAUUAAUUUUUUUACAUUUUGUACCUUCUUCCCUGUAGUUGAGAAUUUUUUGGUAGUUUUUAAAUUUGUGAAAGUCCUUUGUUGUCUGUGUAAAAUCUGGGCGGGAGAAACGGGGGUAUUGGAAAUAAAAUUGCG